GAUUGAUCACCUUCAUUUUAGAUCUUAGGAUUAAUUGAGUCCAACUAACCGUUUCCCCUCAAUACCUGAACCCAUUUGCCUGAUCUAACUAACUCAGGUGCAACGACAGUUGGUCUGAGAAGGUUAGAGAACAAGUUAAACCCGUUCGCAGAGCUCGCUAGAAUAACCAUCGAUCGACGCAACUAUCGUUCUGUCGGUCGAUCGUUACAAAGGUGUAUCGGUAGAUGUACAUUAAGUCACACCGAUCGACACUCUCUCGAGAUCAAAAUACGACAGUUGAGAUCCGAGAUCUAGCGAAGAUAACCUAUCCGGUUAAAUCAUUGUUUAGUUCAAAAACCAUCAAACCCUUUAGUCUAAACUAAGUGCAUACGUUUUAUACCUGAGAAUUGCCUGAAUCUAGCUGCUUUCCCAAUCUUGAAACCACUUCAAUUCAAUCUAUUGAAUCACUAUUGUUUUCGAUUUAUCAUUUAUUGCUUUUAAAACUAUUAAAAAAUUUUAGUCUAUCUUAGUCUAUCAUUUCUAAUUAUUUAAGUCUGUUGAGUAAUCCUAGAGUCUAUGUGGAUUUGAUCCCUAAGUACUACAUCUGAACCUCUUUUGAUGAGAGUAACACUCUUUAGAGUAAUUUUAGUGAUAUCAGUGAGUGUGAGAGUGGAUAUAGAGAAGAAGAGAAUGUGGGCACUGGUUUGGAACAGAAGGAACAAAAUGAAGAUCCCUACAAGAAACACAAGAGGAGUAGGUUGUAAACCUUUCAUUUUCAUUUUGAAUGUUUUUAUUGUAUGGGAUUUGUAUUUUGUGAUUGUGUAACUAAGUAAAAAAAAUUUCUUUACUGGUAUAAGUACGAUAGGUAACAUGAGUAAUAGGAUUGCAAAAUUUUAAACUUCUUAAUAAGUCAGGAAAGUAGUAAGAUUAUAUUGUUAUGAGUUAUUUUGUGUUUAUUAUGAUUUAAUCAGAACAAAAAAAAAAUCCAUCUCAUUGUUUACUAGUCAUCAUGUAGUCGGAAUUACAUUGUCUUCUUUUAGCUUUUUCUUUAAUAUUCACCUUGUCUCAUUUGAAAACUUACUAGGGAAUGAAAUCGAGUUUAUGUUUACAUGAUCAAAUGAGAAAUGAAUCUAGUAUACAUAAAAUAACUGGUAUAACCAUAAAAUGAGUCAUUCAAGUAGAGUAAAACUAAUAUAAAUGGAAAAAAUUAUAAAAUACAACUUUGAUGCACCUUCAAUGACGAAAAAACUAGGCUAUAAAUUUCCCGCCCACCAGAUUUUUGAAUUUCUAAUUUCACUCUUCCCCCUCUUCCGAAUGGGCUAAGACUUAAAACCCUUAUUUUUGUGUUUUUCUCAUUCUCUCUAUCUUCCACUUUCUCGCUCUUCCCCAUUUCCAUGUAUGUCUCUAUCUAUCUCUCUCAACCGAAUCCCCCAAUUGAAAGAGAAAUAAUGUCGAACAACCCUAUUCAACCUAGUAACGUCCGAUCAUCUUCCACGACUAGGGGUAUUACCGGUGGUCAGCGAUGAGUAAGAACUCUGGGAAUACCUAACAUGUGUUGGUGCAGGGAGAGCAUCAUCGAGUUCAUCUCCAAAUCCGGUCCAAAUCCAUAUCGCUGGUAUUAUUGGUGUUUCUUUGCGUAUAAAAGGAGGGUACGUCCCGUAUAGCUUUAGUUAUUGAAUGAUUGUUCUUAUUAAGCUACACGUUUAAAUUUUUUGAACAAAAUGAUGUAGCUCGAAAACGACGAUCACGUCUCCAAAUGGGUUGGUGAAGCUUUCACCGAUGAGAUUCAACAGUUGGACUAUCAAGUUCAAACCCUUGAAGAAGAAGUUUAAUUGCUCAAAGCAACAAUAAGAAGUGCAGGUCCCAAAAUAAAGCCUAAGAUAAUUAUAUCAAGAGGUUGUCUUAUUAUCAUCAAUGUCGUCGUAGUUCUAGGAAUUCUGAUGUACAAGUAAUUGGGAUUAGUGACAAAAUUAAACUUUUUGUUUUUUCUAAGUUUUUCGUUAGUUUCUCCUAAGUUAUGCGAAGUUGGACUACUACGAAGUUUGGUCAAUUGAAAAAGCUUCUCUAAUGUUUACGAUGUUGGACAACUGGGAAAGUGAAACUAACACAAAAUUUGACAUGCUUAUACGAACACGAACUUCAUGGUAACUUCAGAGGUUGGACUACUACUAUGAAGUUUGGUGAAUUGAAAAAGUUUCUCUAAUGUUUACGAUGUUGGACAACUAAGAAUGUGAAACUAACAUAAAAUUUGACCUGCUUAUACGAACACGAACUUCAUGGUAACUUCAAAUUUUUCAAGAUUUUACGCAGUUGGAUAAUUACAAAAGCUAACAAAACCAGUUUUAUGACACAUAAGCACAAGCCCAACAUAAAAUAUGAGCAUUCAACAUCACAAACCAAGUUUCAGCACACCCUAACAAGUAUCAGAAACGUUAAUACAUAAGAUAAAACCAAAAAUAAGGGUCACUGUUAUUGACCGAUUGGCUGAAUUCCUCAACCUCCGGCAAAAGCGGAUUGAACCUGAAGUCAGAUAAUCUACCAUCGGUCUCAAGCCAUAGUUCAGGAAGACCAAAAUAACCUGCAUAAAUGAGUUUAGUAAACGUUUUACUCAACUAUCACAUUUAAAACUAAACAUAUAAACUACACUUACUGGAAAAAUCUCUAGACCCUCCACAUCUUAAGGACCACGACCCGACAUUUUUUCAAGACCAUCCCGGAAGGCAUAGGUUCCGAAUGGUAAAAACAGUUCAAGCGGUGCAUAUCAAGCAGAUCAUGCAGAUCAAGCAGAACAAGUGCAGAUCAAGCAGAUCAUAUAGAUCAUGCAGGAGAGAUGCAAAUCAAGCAGAUUAAGUAAUUUAUUUUAGUUAUGAAUGGUAAAAGGAGUUCAAAAAUGCAGAUCAUAUAUUUAAAUAAUAAUAAUUACACCAAAAUAUCAAAACACAUAAUAUAUAAACAAUGCAUAACAAAAAUAAAAUAAUUGAAUGCAAAGUAUUUUGAUUUUCUCAUACCAUUUAUACAAUAUUAUCUUUAAUGUUCGUCAUAUGAUCUCCAUUAGCCAUGUUUACAGUCUCCAUGUUAUUUAGAUCACUUUUGAAACCCUUUUUGCUGAUAUUUGUGUGUCUCAUUACUUCAACAAAAUCUUCAUCAAAAUAAUUUGUAAUUCUAAUAAAAUUAUAUCUUUCCAUUAUUUUUUCUAAUACUUAUAGUAUAUUGUUUUUCUAAAAUAAGCAUGCUCAUAUAUAUAUAUAUAUAUAUAUAUAUAUAUAUAUUAUUUUUUUUCUCUUCAUUCUAAUUUAAUUAUGUAAAUAAUUUAUACACUAAAAUUAAAAUUUUUGAAAAUAUUUAUAUAUACAGACUCUUUGUUUAUACUAUGUAUGAAAUUAAAAUGUUACACAUUUUCUAUUUUCAGUUAAUACAUACAUAUAUAUAUAUAUAUAUAUAUUAUAUUAAUAUUUGCGUGCAUGUAUUAUAAGAAAAACUAUAGGAUAUAAAGACCAAAAAAGUAAAUCUUAUAUAUUUUAACUUAAUUAGUAUAUACUAUUAUAUAAGUAUAAUAAAAAUAUGUAAAACUUACGUAGCAAUGAGCAAGAACGAGAAGAAUCUGAUGGUAUGCAUUAUUUAUAGAAAACAAGUACAUAGUUUUAAAAUUAAUUUUAUUUAUAUAAAAUCAUUUAUUGGAUUAAAAAAGAGACAGUAGCUUGAACAGCUUCAAAAUCCGGGUGUACAUAAUUAAAAGCAGGAGGACUGCUUUUGGGCACAAAAAGACAAAAAAAAACAGUUUUUAGUGCAGUUUUUUUUUGUUUUGACAAAAAGUUUUUAGUUUUUAGUUUUUAGUGCAGUUGUCAUGCUAUUGUUUUAACUUUAAAUAAAAAAACGUGAAUGGUGACAGAUUACGAGAAAAAGGCAGAAGCAGUACAUCUGCCAUUAUCCUGUCAUUGAUCUGCUCUCCCAUUCAUACGCAUAAGCAUGAUCGCCAGUUGUCACACACUUUAUCUGACUCUCACUAUGAUGAAUAAAACAAAGUGUGUCAGUUACACUAAUGUAUAAAUUUUGCUUUGAUCAUAUGUUACUUUCUACUUACAUGUUGUCCCUUAUGUAAAACACCAUCUUUGGCCUUGCAAGGUCAUCGAAAUGGGAUUUCGUGUUGAAGACCACUCUUAUUAUAUCUAUGAGACAAGUUUUUUCGCUUCUCUUACUUACAUCUAAAUAUCUGAAAUAUAUUUUAAUUUUGGUAGUUAGCAUUCAUACCUAUGGGACAGUUUCGGUCCAUGUGGUUCAUGUGAGGGAUUUCAUGGAUGUUUUUGAAGUCCAUGUAAAGCCGAUUGUUCAGAGGAUCGAUGAUGUGGACUUGCGUAUGGCGCGUAGAAUUUAGUGUGAACCGAGAGUUUGUUGCCUGGAAACCUGGAUAGGCACAGUGAACAUCUACCCAAAAGAUUUCCACCCAUUUUGGCCUCUAAACCUAUCUUCAUAUCCUCCAUAAAUGGUCAUUUCCAUCUUGGUUCCCUGCAUAGAUAAAGUUCACGGAUCAAGUUUUUAUUUUUCAUUGUUGCAUGAUAUUAGACCAUUAGAGAUUAUGAUUUAACGCUUACAUCUCAUCUGCUAGGAUAUAAGUCUAGUGUGGUCCGUUGCCGGUAACAUAGGAAUAGAAAGGGCAGAUCCUGUUUAUUUUGACUCUGAAAUGCCAAUACGUGAUCUCCUCGUUAUAAGAAACUUCAGAAUAACUAUUGUAGUGUGUCAUAUUGUUUGUUGAGAGAUGAUGAAUAUUUUUUGGUGAAUUUUACAGAGAAAUGUUCUAUCCAUAGUGAAGGAGUCGUUUUAACUUUCGCGGUGGAGUUUAAAAGCAAAUGUAAGGAUGAUUGUAGACGUUUAGUGUUGUGGCGGUUUAAAUGCAAGUGUAAUGAUGAACUCGUGUCACGCCAAAUGAAGAUUGUAGAAUAUUAUCUCUGAUACUGCUUGUUGCUAUCAUUUCUUGCAAAAUAUAAACAAAAAAUAUCUAAAUUUCUUAAAAUUUUACAUUGUUUCAUAUAUUUAGACUAUCUAAAUGGUUAAAAUUUUGUUUUAUUUCAUAUAUUAGACAAUGUAAAGUUUUAAUUUCAGUUACUUAUACAAAGUUAUAUAAUUUUAUCAAUUAAAGUUAUACACAGUUUCAAAUCCAAGGCAUGCGACUGUUGCCGUAAAAAUCAUGCAAAUUUGUAUAGUUGGGGUGAUAAAUCAAAGCCGUCUAUCAAAUCUGGAACCAUCUAUCAAAUCGGGUCACUCUUAAAUGGAAGAGUUACAACAUGUAUAGUUGCGGUAAUAAAUCAUUAAAUAACAGAAAUUAAAAUUACUAAAUAUUACCAUUUUCAUUAAAAUUACUAUAAAUGCAAGUGUAAUGAUAAAUUCAUGUCAUGUCAAAUGAAGAUUGCAAAAUAUUAUCUCCGAAACUUCUUGUUCCCAUCAUUUGUUGCAAAAUAUAACAAUAUAAUUGAUAGACCAUAUAUUUUACCCAUUUUUAAUCAUGGUCUAUAAGUGUUUUAAAGUGUUUUAAGAUACAAUUAUUAUGUUUUGGAGUCUAUUUAGAGUAUUUACAGGUUGAGGGACGUUUAGGAGAAAUAUGGUGAUUUUGGAGUCUUUUGGAGCCUUUGGAGGUGUAGAGUUGCACAGACGCGUCAGAUAUUUAGCUAUGGAUGAAGACCUUCCGACCGUUUUAUUGAGCCCAUAUUUUGACACAAGAUAGAGCUUUGAGUUAGCUUUCCAAUGCCACCGUUCUCAGGUCAAUCAGUAUCCUGUAACAGAAGUUAUGCCCGUUUUACUGAAGAGUGGUCAGUCUGCCUCGCGAGAGGAAGCUGCCGAGAAGAGGAAGCCACGUCGAUCGAUGCAGCACUCUGCACGCCGAUCGAUGGAGAUCCCAGAUCGUGGGCCUUGUAUAUUUUAUGACAGCGUGAAGCCCAGAAGUAACCACAAAUUACCAGAAUACCUUUGGACGACCAGAAAUCCUAUUUAUGUUAUUUCUAAGCCAUUGUUGACGGCUACGCAUUUUACACAUUUCUAGACUUCUUUACGCUUUCAAUUUUCAUUGUUUCUCUAGAGGAGAGAAGGUAGGAACUCCUAUCAGAGUCCUCCUGGAACUCCAUUGGUUUUCUUAUCUAUUCUAUUUCAGUUUUAUAUCUAUUCAUCUAUGAUUUCUGUUUUCAUGUCUGAGUAGAUCCACCUGUUAGAUCCAGGGUUCAGAUAGGUUUGUGGGAUUAGCCCCAAACUUUAGAUCUGCCUUGUUGUGAUAUUCAUGAUAGAUCUAUACUUAUUGCUUAGGAUGUGGGAGAACCAUCAGUGAAGACCAUAAUGUCGUCGGCAAAGCUAAGAUGCGAGAGAUUAACCACUCUACACAUGGGGUGGUAUCCUAUAUUUCCCUCCAUGAUAGCUUUGUUGAGAAGCUUUGAGAGAACGUUACUGACGAUGACGUACAGAUACCGUGAUAAGGAACAACCUUGGCGAAUUCCUCUAGAGCUCGGAAAGAAUCCUUCCAACUCACCAUUGAUAGAGACAGAGAACAUCGCAGUACUGAUACACUUCAUUAUCCAGGUUACGAACAUAUCUGGCAAGCGCAUCGCUCGGAGAACUGCUUCAAUGAAUGUCCACUUGACGGUGUCAAAAGCUUUUGAAAUAUCCAACUUGAUUGCUGAGCGAGAGGAUACUUGAGGUUUGUGAUAAUCCUUCACCAAUUCCGUGGCCAAGAGAACGUUUUCUAGCAGCAACCUGCCUUGAACAAAUGCACAUUGAUUCUGCACAAUAGCCACUGGGAGAAUACCUUUGACCCGGUGAGCCAUGAUUUUGGAGAUGAGCUUAUAUAUCACAUUACAGCACGAUAUUGGUCUGAAAUCACUCAUCUUCUCUGCACUUGUCGUUUUCGGUACAAGGGACAGGAGAGUAGCAUUUGUGCUCCGAGGCAUGAAGCCAUAUAAAAAGAAAGACUGGACAGCAAUCACUAAAUCUUUACCCACAACUGGCCACGCUGCUUUGUAGAACUCCAUAGGUUAACCAUCAGGCCCCGGCGCCUUGUUUUCUAGCAUCGAAAAUAAAGCUUCUUUAACUUCCUGAGCUUGAACAGGGCCAACUAAAGAAGCUGCUUCUGCUUCACUGCAAGGAUAGUCUAGCAGAUCACUUAACCUGUCCUCAGUAAUAUCCUCCAACCCCGAGUGCCCUGGCUCUUGAAGGAACCCCUCAUAGUAAUCAACCGCCUCUUUUUUAAUAUCAGCCAGCUCAGUUAGAACCCUUCCAUCUGAAGUGAUCAGCCUACGGAUAGUGAUACGAGAGGUACGGGUUUGACACGUUUUGUGAUAGAAAUUUGUAUUUCUAUCGCCAAGAUCCAGCCAUUUUACUCGGGAUUUUUGAUAGAAAAAUUGCUCUUCAAUUCCAGACAGGUGAUGCCAGUGCUCCCACGCAUCAGAAGCUUCCUCAAAUGUAGCGGUACAAUGGUUCCUCAUUGCAUUAUUCUGCUUAUCACAGAGAACCUCCAAAGCCACUUUAACUCUCGCUGGCAAGUCUCCAAAAGACUCUCUAUUCAGCCGCCGGAGCUCUGAUUUCAACAUCUUUAAUUUAUCCUGCAGUUUCUUCAGAGCUGUCCGAGAAUGAAACAGGGGAGCAGUAGAAUCACAUUUCAUAUUUGUACAACAUAAAUUAGGUUUUAUGUUUCUCUUAGUAACUUUAGAGUCUAAUUAUUACAAACAAACACAAAGAAGUGAAUCCUGUAAUCAAAUAUCCAAACACUUUAACUUUCACUUGCUUUAUAUCAGCUGAUAUAGGCUUAGGAGGAUAUUUGGCUUUUGUAUCUCAAUUCAUUAUAUAUUAAUGAAUUGGUUAUUCUUAACCUUGUUAAUUUCUAAUCGCAAGUGUUAGAUGAUAACGAAAAAUUAACAUAUUAUAUGUAAAAUAUAUAUUUUUUAUACUCUCUCAUUUCUCAACAAUUUUCUUAUGGUUUCUUUUUUUUUAAAUGAAUGUUUUUCAAUUUAAUGCCCUAAUGUAUAUCAUUUACAAAAAAAAAUUAAUGAAUUCUCUUUUAUAAGUCACAUUCAUUCUAAAAUGACAUUCAUAGCAUAAACUACAUAACAUAUUUUAAAAUGACAUUCAUAAGAUGGGAGCUACUUAACAUAUUUUAAACUUGCGGAUUGGCCCACAAAACCGCUUAGCUAGGGUGGGCGGGCUUUGACGUAUAUAUACAAACCACAACUCGCAGUGGGCCGAUCCGCGUAACCGCAUGAAAGUUGAACCCCUACGGGUUGGGCUACUUGGAUGCGGAUUGGCCCGUCUGACGUCUCUAUCUGAGAGAGGAAAAACAUAUAACUAAAUAAAUAAAAUAUUAAUUCAUUUUGAAAAACUAAAAUCUUGAAAAAAAAUUGAGGUUCAUCUAAUAAAGAGAGAAGACCAAAAAUAGAGAUGGAAAUACUAAUGUUUGACUCGUUGAGCUGAGAGGAUGAUACGGAAUACCACCAACAUUGAAUCCAUUUACUUUCAAACAUAUGCCUAUGUAUGUGCUCUUGCAUAUGUAACAGAACAGACCUUCCAAACAAUUUAAUUUGCAGAAAAAAAUGGCUGAAGAAAACAGCACAGAAACUUCAAUAAUAUGUUACGCGCCAAGCAUGAUCACCACCAAUGGAGUUUGGCAAGGAGAUAAUCCUCUCGAUUUCUCCCUGCCCCUCUUUGUUCUUCAGCUUACAUUGGUCGUUGUUGUCACUCGAUUUUUUGUCUUUGUACUCAAACCCUUUCGCCAACCUCGUGUUAUCUCUGAGAUCCUUGGAGGAAUUGUGUUGGGGCCAUCGGUGCUUGGGCGUUAUGAUAAAUUCGCAAACACCAUAUUCCCACAAAGAAGUGUGAUGGUCCUUGAAACAAUGGCAAAUGUUGGUUUACUUUACUUUUUGUUCCUGGUGGGUGUUGAGAUGGACAUUAUGGUGGUACGCAAGACAGGGAAGCGAGCACUAACAAUCGCACUUGGUGGUAUGGUCUUACCAUUCGUCAUUGGUGCUGCUUUCUCUUUCUCAAUGCAAAGAACAGAGGACCAUUUGGGGCAAGGCACAUAUAUACUCUUCCUUGGUGUAGCUCUCUCGGUAACAGCAUUUCCGGUCCUUGCAAGGAUUCUUGCUGAGCUCAAGCUCAUCAAUACCGAGAUUGGUCGGAUAUCCAUGUCUGCGGCCUUGGUAAAUGACAUGUUUGCUUGGAUUCUCCUAGCUUUGGCAAUCGCAUUGGCAGAGAGUGAAAAAUCUUCAUUUGCCUCUCUUUGGGUCAUGAUCUCUAGUGCAGCUUUUAUUGCCAUUUGCGUCUUUGUUGUGAGACCAGGCAUUUCUUGGAUUAUACGGAAAACCCCUGAAGGCGAGAACUUUAGUGAGUUCUACAUUUGUCUCAUCUUGACAGGAGUUAUGAUAUGUGGUUUCAUUACCGAUUCAAUAGGAACACAUUCAGUCUUUGGUGCUUUUGUGUUUGGUCUUGUGAUCCCCAAUGGACCUCUUGGUCUUACCCUCAUCGAGAAACUUGAAGAUUUUGUCUCUGGACUUCUCUUACCUCUCUUCUUUGCCAUAAGUGGUCUUAAGACUAAUGUAGCUGCCAUCCAAGGGCCUGCCACUUGGGUAACUCUCUUUCUUGUUAUAUUCCUCGCAUGUACUGGAAAAGUCAUCGGUACUGUCGUUGUUGCCUUUUUCCAUGGAAUGCCGGUUCGCGAAGGUAUAACUCUUGGAUUGCUAUUAAACACUAAAGGUCUUGUUGAAAUGAUAGUCCUUAAUGUUGGCAAAGACCAAAAGGUUUUAGAUGAUGAGACAUUUGCUACAAUGGUGCUUAUAGCCUUGGUUAUGACUGGAGUUAUAACUCCUAUUGUAACUAUCCUUUACAAACCAGUAAAACGUUCUGUUUCGUACAAGAGACGGACAAUUCAACAAACAAAGCCAGACAGUGAGCUUCGAGUACUGGUAUGCAUCCACACACCACGUAACGUUCCCACUAUAAUCAACCUUCUUGAAGCUUCACAUCCUACAAAGAGAUCUCCCAUAUGCAUCUACGUUCUCCAUCUUGUUGAGCUCACUGGUAGAGCAUCUGCUAUGCUGAUUGUCCACAACACUCGGAAAUCGGGAAAACCAGCGCUUAACAGGACACAAGCUCAAUCAGAUCACAUCAUCAAUGCCUUUGAGAAUUAUGAACAACAUGCUGCCUUUGUUGCUGUUCAACCGUUGACAGCUAUUUCUCCUUAUUCAACAAUGCACGAAGAUGUAUGUAGCUUAGCAGAGGACAAACGUGUUUCCUUUAUAAUUAUACCAUUUCACAAACAACAAACGGUGGAUGGAGGAAUGGAAGCAACCAACCCAGCUUACCGUUUAGUUAACCAAAACCUUCUCGGAAACUCACCUUGUUCCGUUGGAAUACUCGUUGACAGAGGACUAAAUGGUGCCACAAGAUUGACCUCGAACACUAUCUCUCUCCAAGUUGCUGUUCUGUUUUUCGGUGGACCAGACGAUAGAGAAGCUUUAGCUUAUGCUUGGAGAAUGGCUGAACAUCCAGGGAUUUCUUUAACCGUGUUACGCUUUAUUCCUGAUGAAGAUGUAACAGAUGCCGCUUCGACACGUGCAACCAACGAGACGGACAGAAAUAUGAAUGUGGACAUGAAGAAGCAAAGACAGCUUGAUGAUGAGUACGUCAAUACCUUCAGAGCAGCAAAUGCGGAGUACGAGACAAUUGUUUAUAUCGACAAAGUGGUUAGCAAUGGAGAAGAGACGGUUGCAGCUGUGAGAUCAAUGGAUAGUUCUCAUGAUCUCUUUAUAGUUGGAAGAGGAGAAGAAAUGUCGUCUCCUCUCACCGCUGGUUUAACUGAUUGGAGUGAAUGUCCUGAGCUUGGUGCCAUUGGAGAUUUGCUUGCAUCUUCAGAUUUUGCAGCCACUGUCUCGGUCCUUGUGGUUCAGCAGUAUGUUGGGCCAUGGGCACAAGAUGAUGACAUGGAUUUGCCUGAUAGUCCGGUGCACUCCCAUGAUCAACCAAAUGCCAUAUAUGGUCUAGAGGAUCCAAGUUAGCCAACAUACAUAUUUUUUUCGUAUUCUUGUUCAUUUGUAUAUUCUUUUAUAUCUAACAAAUGUAUUAUAGUACAACUUUAUUGGCUGACACCCUAAUUUGGGUGUUUACCAAAAACUGAUUAAUUUUAGGAUCAUACCCCUCACAAGCUCGGAGCUCAAUUGACUUUCCUUACAGAUAUCGACUUCUUCUUUUUUUAGAUAUCUAGUAUUAAUCUUAGGUUUUUGUUAUAUUAUUCUUUUUCAUUUUGAUCGUUUUCAUUAAUUUUCCCAAAAUUUUGGUAUAGGUGUUUGUGUCUAUUUCAUGGUGUUUUUGAUUUUUGUAAGUUUGUGUAAUACCCGUAUUUUUUAAAAUAACUUAAAACAAAUAAAAAUUCUGAAAUCUUCGUUUACUAUUUCUCAAAAUUCAUCUCCAGAACGAUAAAUCUAAUAGAUAGAAUUAAAUAUAAAAAUAUCGAUAAAACAUAAAUCCUGAAAUUUGAAAAAGAAAGAAGUAGAAACGCCCAAAAUCACCAAUCGAAUAUAAAUCACUCAUGCUCGUCAGUCUCACCAGAAAUAGAAAAAGAGGGGUGACUAUCAAAAACAACUGACUCAGUACAUAGCACUACAACCAUCUAGGUCUAGCUCUAACAUGAAACACAGUGUCUACUACACAACACAAAACAAUCAAUGCACUGAUAAUUCAUAGCUACUCUCUGCACCCCGCAUUCUCCUCCGCCAGAUCUUGCAAGUGGGAAGAACACCAAUGAAGGCUGUAGGAAUGUGGGGUUCGGUCAAGGCUUUAGCAAGAGGAUAUGAGUAUAUAAUGGGGGUUUUGAUCUUCAUGCCAGUGACUGUUGUCGAGUGGUUCCCGUUCGUCUCUGAAUUUCAGACCAGACUUCUUUUCAACCAAGCAUUUAGCCUUGGUCUUCAGAUCCAGCGUAUUCUUGCUGGUGGUAAGAAGCAGAAAUGAGCUAAUUGAUUGGUUUUCUUAAUCACUAGUUUGCUUAUUUUCCUCUUAAAUCUCUUUUUGUAUUGGUUUCCUAGAUUCAAUUGGUUUGUGUGUUUGUAUCCCCUCUUUUUUAUAAGUGAAUAUAAAUUAUAUUGUGAGAAACACAUAACUGACAGAAGAAAGUAACCAUACGAUUAAACUAAGCUUUGAUGAAACAUCCUAUAUAAACAUAGCAAAGUGGAAAACAUACAAGAGGAGAUAACAGUCAUUGAAGCUAACACCCUAGUAGUGUCUCUCAACACUUUUGUUUCACCUACAAGUAGAAGAAGAAUCUGCACCUCUAAGGAAAGGCCUACGCCACCGAAUCUGAAAUGCUUUGCCCAGAUUAGGACACUCAGUCCCAUGCUUAGAGCACCACCUGAAACAUUCCAUGAACACUGGAUAAUGCUUCUUCAAUAGGUGUUAAAAGCGUCUGCCCCAUCCCUUCUUCCACUACCCUCAUGUCUAAUCCCUUCUUGCCCAUUUGCAGCCACCCGAAAUCUAGCAACAUUGGCUUGAACCACAUAUCUACUAGCCCCGCUCUUGCUUCUCCUCCACAUUGCAGUCUCCAUUUCCCUAUUUCAAUAAACAUCAACCCUGUUACUAUGCUUAAUUCAUGCCUCAC